GACGAUACAGGGCGGGCGCUACUAACGUUUUGAAUUAAUUCCAAGUUACAUUUUCGUAGUCGCGUUAGUACUGCUAUUAUUAUCGUGAUGUGCUUAUUUAAAGUUCACUCUAGAAUAUAUAAGCUUUGAAGUGGAAUAUUUUCUAGUUUCAUAACUUAGUGUUUUGGAUGUGGUCAAAGUGUUUUUUAGCAGUUGGGUAAAAUAAUAUGCAGCAUGGACUAUAACGACACUGCGAACGUAACGGAGACCUACAAGCCGUACUAUGAGCGCCCUGAGACAUACAUCGUGCCGCUACUUUUCGCGCUUAUAUUUAUAAUAGGCGUUGUCGGAAAUGGGACCCUUGUCACCGUCUUUGUACGACAUAAAGCGAUGCGUAAUGUGCCUAACACGUAUAUCCUAUCACUGGCUCUGGCGGAUCUGUUGGUGAUUAUCACGUGCGUUCCAUUCACGUCCAUUGUGUACACGGUGGAGUCCUGGCCGUGGGGUGCCACGGUCUGUAGAUUAUCAGAGGCUGCUAAGGAUGUCAGUAUAGGAGUGUCAGUCUUCACUCUUACUGCGCUCUCCGCUGAUCGUUACUUCGCGAUCGUAGACCCACUGAGAAAGCUUCAUGCCACUGGUGGUAGUAAGAGGGCUACACGUUUGACGGUUGCCACAGCUAUCGGGAUAUGGAUAUUGGCAGCAGCACUCGCCACUCCAGCUUACUUUGGUUCCUAUUUGCGAGCUUUCGUAGUAAAUCCUACAACUCAGUUUUUGGUAUGCUACCCAUAUCCUCAAGAGUGGGGGGAGUCAUAUGCUCGCACAAUGGUCCUCAUAAGAUUCCUCGUAUACUACUCCGUUCCUCUUGCUGUGAUUGCACUAUUCUAUGUUCUUAUGGCGCGCCAUCUCGUGUUAAGCACACAAAACGUGCCUGGAGAAAUGCAAGGAACCCAAAGACAGAUGCGGGCGAGAAGGAAAGUAGCGCUGACAGUAUUGGCGUUUGUGCUCGUUUUCGCCGUUUGUUUCCUACCGUCGCACGUUUUCCUUAUGUGGUUCUAUUAUUGCCCAACAGCACAAGACGACUACAACAUGUGGUGGCACAGCUUGCGUAUUGUCGGCUUUUGUUUUUCUUUCCUCAACAGUUGCGUGAAUCCUAUCGCUUUAUAUUGCACCAGUGGUAUAUUUAGGAAGCAUUUUAAUAGGUAUUUGCUGUGUCGCAGCAGCCCAGUUCACGGUCAACGCGGCUCCCUUUCUUUGUCCACAUCUCGACGGUUACAUUCAAGCAGGAAGACGAAUAUUAGUAUGGUACCGCGAACGACUAGUGUGGGUCGCGACAGCAGCAUCCGUCUAUUGAACAAUGGGUCUAAUCUCUGAGACCGGCGUUCGCGUCUCGCGAACAACAACGAGCGCACCAAAGAGAACUACAGCAAAUGUCUGGUGUUCAAACCUGAUAAUGUACCGCCCUUCCCUAAGUGCUGCGAGACUGAUGUGAAAGAAACUAAUCUAGACUCUAAAGAUAUUAGUACCGAGAGCUUUUUAUUGCCUAUCGAGGGCUUUGGACGUGGUUAGUAUAAUAAACGUGCCUACACAUGUUUAGAAAUAAGUAGCUUAACAUCAUUGUAUAUAUGUACAUAAACUUAUUGUUGUUUAACAGAUGUCCUUACUUUAUUCUUGUGAAUAUUGUGCGAUUAUAUAUGUUAUUAAAAAAUCACUAAAGAUUACGUUUUAUAGGAUUGGGGAUUCUAUAUAUUUUUGAUUAAUCAUAAUAGUAGUUGUACACUUAUGCGUUAUGCCAGUGCAUGUAGGAGCAAAAUAAUUUUUCACUGUAUUCCGCAGCAAAUAGCUCGUCAUGUCUCAUGUUCUUUUGACCUUUGACGAACUUGUAACAAAUUUAUUUCAACUUAUUUAAAAUGCAAACACGUUUUAUUUUUUAACAUAGUUGCACAAUUCUGUUAAUAUUAAAUUAUAAAUUAUUAAAUGACUAAGUAGAAUAUAAUGUUAGUAAUUAAGAUACUUAGUCGAAUGUAAAUCAGUCAGAUUAGAGAGCAUCGUGUAUUAAUUAAUUGUUUAUCCCGUCACAUUAAUCUGCGAGCAAGCGGUUCAAUUAUGUUCCUAGUGACAUUUCAUUAAAGUUUCCUCUUCCAAAAUAUUUCAUGUUUUAAAGUAAAAACGCAUUUUUUAACGCAAUAACGAAGUAAUCAAGAAUAAAAUAUAUUUUAUGAUAUUAGUAUUUCAUUGUUUAUCUAUAUAAUAAAAUGUAUAACUGACCAACUGUACGAUAUAUAUAUAUAUGUGUGUGUAAAUUACAAUAUUUGUAUUUGAAAUAGUUAAAAUAAUAAGGAAAAAAAUGUCAUGUAUAUAAUUCCUUGAUAAUAUUAAUGUUAUGUGAAAGUGAACUAAGUGAAAACUGUUGCCACUUUAUUUAA